GAAUGUCUUGAGCGGCCUAUAUUGCUGCAAAUGCGACUGCACACAUGUGUCUUUUGAAAGGGCACAAACAUGGACGAAGAAGCACACAGGCUUUCCCUUCCAUUUUGGAUCAUUGCACUUUCGUCAGUUGCAGUUUUACCAGAAACUAUUACUCUCGCCACUGAAGAAGAGGGAUUUGAAAUGUGUGUAACAUUAAGGGAACACACAAAGGAUUUAAGACAUCACAAUCUCACCGCACUUCCACUGAAUCUUUCCAUAAAGACUGAAUUCUUGGAUGUGUCUUUCAACAACAUUGCCAGGAUUGAAGAGAGGCCACUAAUCAAUCUCACCCGCCUCUGCUUCUUGAAAGCAACACACUGCAAUCUUGAGUUUAUUUCUCCAGAUGCCUUUGCUGGAAACAAGGAAAUGAAGGUGCUCAAUGUAUCCAAUAAUCUUUUGAAAGUUAUCCCUAACAUGCAUCUACACACGCUGAGGAUCAUAGACCUCUCUGGCAACAAGUACAACAGCUACGCUCUUCCUCACAAUUUUUCUAAAUUUAAAAAUAUAGAUGUCCUUUCUCUCGGCAGUAAAAAUGCCUUUUCUCUGAAAGUAGACGAUUUCAGUCCAUUGAAAGACAGACAUUUGAGGAAACUCAUUUUGGGUGAUGGCACACAAUUACAAGUAUAUGAAGCUGGAACAUUGGGUCAGUUGAGAUAUCUGAGAGAAAUUAUUCUAAAUGUAUCUUUUUGCCAGAGUUUUGCCAUGUUUGAGAAAAUUCUCAUGGAUCUUAAUAAGACACAAACAGAGAAGGUUAGUUUAGUUAGGCUAGUCCCAGAUGAUUGCAAUGUGGCUGGUGAUCCUUUCACUGUUCUAAAGACUUUUCAUGGUCUGAGAAAUUUAACAGUAGCAGAAACCUGGAUGAACAGCUCACUCAUGGUGAAAUUAAUUGCAAAUGUCUGGCAUUCCCAGAUAGAGGAUCUGACUUUUGUCAAUAUCGUCUACAACGAAGACACACCAGGUGGUGCUCAGCUCCCAGACCAGAACACGACAACACCCCUUAAAUCAGUUACAUUUGAUGGCAUUAAACACUAUCAGUACAACUAUCCCACAAUCAAGAUAAACCUGAAAAAUCUUACGCACCUGUCGUACCUCAAGUUCUCAGGCACCGGCAUGAACAUUCUCCCUUGCAAUCUGAUGUCUGCCAUUCAGCCACUGCAGACCUUGGACCUGUCCAACAAUCUUCUGGAGGAGUCUGGCUUUUGGUGGUUCCUCUGCAAACCAACAGAGAUCUUCCCGUCCCUCAGACACCUGUCUCUGAGUCAAAACCGCUUCAUGAACCUCGCUGUCAUCUCAGAGCGAUCCAGUCAUAUUAGACUCCUCGAGUCUCUAGACCUGAGCUUCAACUCCAUCAGCCUGAGUGGCCCGUGCACCUGGUCCUCGAACCUGACAGAGCUGAGCCUCAGCCACAACAACCUGGGCAACGAUGUCUUCAAAUAUCUCUCACCACAUUUCAGGAGACUCGACCUCUCAAAGACAGGAAUAACCGCCUUAAGUCAGGAGGUCUUGUCAAAAUUUCCCAAUCUGAUGCAUCUGAUUUUGAGCUCCAACAGCAUUCAAACCAUUCCCCUGAACCUCAGAGCACCAGUGCUGCAGGUCCUUCACAUCGACCAGAAUGCAAUUGCUUACAUCAGUGAGGGAGCGUUGGAUGGCCUGCCCAAUCUGGAAAUACUGUUGGCAGGGAAAAACCCAUUUAGUUGUACGUGUGACUCUUACUGGUUUUUGACAGCUGUGAAUAAGUCUCUGCUUCCAGACUGGCCCUUUGACUACACAUGCAGCACACCAACAGCCUUUGCCAAGACCUCGUUAGUAAACUUUCAGCCUGGAUAUCUCUCCUGCAAGCCCUGGCUUCAAGCAGUGAUUUCAUUGUCCUUGCUAACCAUAAUCAGUGCUGUUUUUGGCAUCACCUUUUAUGUUUGUGAUGGGGCAUGGUACACCAAGAUGCUCUGGGUUUGGAUUAGGGUGAAACGAAGAGCUCGUAAGGGAGAGGACAGGCUGCUGAAGAAUUCUUUCAGGUACCACGCUUUCAUCUCCUACAGCCAGCAUGACUCAGGCUGGGUGAGCACGCAGCUGGUACCAACACUGGAAGGGGCAGGCCUGUCACUGUGCAUUCAUGAACGGGACUUUGUACCAGGUCAGUGGAUCGUGGACAACAUCAUCAACUGUGUGGAGGACAGCUAUAAGACCAUAUUUGUGCUCUCUCAGAACUUUGUUCAGAGUGACUGGUGCAACUAUGAGCUGUUCUUUGCCCAACACAGGGCCAUUUCUGUCGACCAAGACUCUGUGGUCUUUAUUCUGCUAGAGCCUAUCCCACCUGACUCCUUGCCCAGGAAGUUCUUGAGGCUGAGGACGCUCCUAAGGAAGCAGACGUAUCUGGAGUGGCCAAAGGAUGAAUGCAAGAAGCAUCUGUUCUGGAAGAGUCUAAGAUCCAUGUUGCAAUCUGCGGACAAAGGCAAUGUACUGAAGGAUGUUGCGACAAGUGUUACUGAUAUGUGUUCCCUGUUAGCCAACCAAGAGAAUUAAAAGCCAAGUGUUUAGUUGUUGGCCCCAAGCUAUGGAAUGCACAAUUCAUCAAUGCUCACACUGUCAGGUUUUAAAUCGCUUAAAGGACCAGUUCAGUCAAUUUCAACAUGCAGUUGUAAUGCUCACACUACCCUGGACUUGUCAGUACCUGAAUUUGUUUUGUUUUUUUCAGCCUUUUCCGAGAUCUUGGUCAUUGUAAUGGGGGCAGCGCUUUGUUUACAUUUAAAAAAAAAAUAUUUUAUUUAUUCCCAAAAACAUCCGAAAGGUUAUACAACAUCAGCAGACAACUAGCAAACAGUGGUACCUUUUGGGAAAAUAUUUGGAGUAGGCCUAUGUUAAUU